GGGGAGUCGAGUCUCCCGCGCCCCACCAUCCUUCCCGGAGUUGCUGCUGAGCGGCUUGUUCUGAGCCCUGGCUGCCAAUAAAGUUCGUUAAAAAAUCAUAGUCAUUUUUAAGAGAGUGAAAGAGGGCGCGAGCCAGCCGGGCGGCCCCGCCGGGGGGAGCUGGCGCUCUGGGAGGAGGAGGAGGCGGCGGCGGCGGCGGCGGCAGCGGUUGCGCCGCGACCAGGAGGAGCCGGUCGCGCCGGGCGGCGGGUCCGUGGCGGGCGGGGACGAUUUGAGAAGAUCUGAUCACCUGGAAUUAAAGUUGGUUCAGAAACCUUUUCAGCUGCAAAAAUGUUGGAGGAAGAUAUGGAAGUGGCUAUCAAGAUGGUGGUUGUAGGGAAUGGAGCAGUUGGAAAAUCAAGUAUGAUUCAGCGAUAUUGCAAAGGCAUUUUUACAAAAGACUACAAGAAAACCAUUGGAGUUGAUUUUUUGGAGCGACAAAUCCAAGUUAAUGAUGAAGAUGUCAGACUAAUGUUAUGGGAUACAGCAGGUCAAGAGGAAUUUGAUGCAAUAACAAAGGCCUACUAUCGAGGAGCCCAGGCUUGUGUGCUUGUAUUUUCUACCACAGACAGGGAAUCUUUUGAGGCAAUUUCCAGUUGGAGAGAGAAAGUAGUAGCUGAAGUUGGAGAUAUACCAACUGUGCUUGUGCAAAACAAGAUUGAUCUCUUGGAUGAUUCUUGUAUAAAAAAUGAGGAAGCUGAGGCACUGGCAAAAAAGUUAAAGCUAAGAUUCUACAGAACGUCAGUGAAAGAAGAUCUAAAUGUGACUGAAGUAUUUAAAUAUUUGGCUGAAAAGUAUCUUCAGAAACUCAAACAGCAAAUAGCUGAGGACCCAGAAUUAAUGCAUUCAAGUAGUAACAAAAUUGGUGUCUUUAAUACAUCUGGUGGAAGUCACUCAGGUCAAAAUUCAAGUACCCUUAAUGGUGGAGAUGUCAUCAAUCUCAGACCCAACAAACAGAGGACCAAGAAAAACAGAAAUCCUUUUAGCAGCUGUAGCAUACCCUAAAACGUUUUAGGAAGGAAAAAAUUGAAUUAUAUUGUGCAAUUCCAUAAGAAAUACAUCCAGCUGUCAUGGUAUGUUACAAGUUUUUUUUGUUUUCUUUUUUUCUUUUUUUUUUUUUUUUAAGCAGACUUUGCACCUAAUCACUCUCUGAAAGUUAACAGACUUAAAUACUGUUCUGCAGUGCUUUUCAGAUGGAGUGAGAUCUUUGGUGGAAAAAUACUGCCUUGUGGACUUGUUUUAAUUUUUUUGCAUCAGACGAAGCUUCUCCUGUUUUUGAAGGAAUGAUCCAUAAGAAGUGUCAAAAACGGGUUUUGCUGAAUUUGAAAUGCUGGAAAACAUAACUGAAGUGACUAAAUAUGUUAGUACAGAUUUUAAUAUUAUGGGUCAAGGAAAAAUAGCAAGCAUUCUUUUUCUGAAAUUGGUCAUAUAGCUUUUCUGGAAAAUAGUAUUGAAUCUGAAUACUUACAAAAAAAACUUAUAUUGAAAGGUAAACUCUAAAUUUUGCCAGACUGCAUUAGUGUGUAUUUUGGCAAUGUUGCUUGUGCAAUAUCUGUAUAAUUUAGAAUGUGGAGGUAUGCAUGCAGAUAUCUGGAACUGAAGUAUACUGAAGCUAUGUUCAGCAUUUAAGGAAACAUAGACUCUAAUUCAUUCAUAAAAUCAUUUACACAUCUGUGUGUACGUUAAAAGGUUUUAUUUUCAAAUAAGAAAUUCCAGACAUAUAUUUUGCAAAAUGAGCUCAAGAUUUUAAAAGUGCUUCGUGCCAAAAAUAUCAUACAUAACUUUUACAGUGCUUUACUAUCAGAAUUUAUAUUGUUUAUAAUAUCUUCUAAAAGCAGUUUCCCUCUCUGACAGGGUAGAUACAAGAUGAGUAUAAACGUUUUAAUGCUAGCGUAUCUCCCAGGUGAGACUUGUUGCAAAAUCCCUCUCCUGCAUCCAUCCAUAAGCGCCAUGAGCUUGUGCUGGCCGGGUCACAGCGCACCUGCAGUCGCCCCUCAGGUCCUGUGAAGUGCCGUAGUGCGUCUGGCACCUUUCGCUGCUGACUGAAAACACAACUUUGAACUUUUAAUAUUAUGCUAACAAUGUUUUUAAAUGCAGAAGAGAUGAUCUUUGGCCUUAAUCUGCAUUAUGGAUUUUAUAAUGCCCUGCAACUCUAAAGAUUCUUUUCGUUUACACGUUUUUGUAUGGUAUUUUAAGAUGAUCACUUAAAAAUUUCUAUAAACUUCAGUUUGUAUAGCACUUUGUCAAGAGCUCUGUCAGCACCAAAUACAAAAUAAUUUCUUUUAAAAAAUGAUUUUCAUAUGUAAUCAUGUGGCGGAGCAUAAAUUUGUGACUUGGGACAGGAGCUUUCCAACUAAGAUAACUGCAUGAACUCUGGUAAAAAGUGAUUAUCAUUCAUCAGUGACUUUGUUUUUAACCCCUUGUUAUCUACCUGGUUUUUACAGGAUUUCAAGCUAUGUAAAAAUAAUCUUUCUUGGAAAAUGUGUCAUAAAGUCGCUUUUCAUUAUUUGUACUAAAUGCCUUAUGUUAUAUGUAUUUCUUUUGUAUGUUUUCUCUUUUUAAGUCUUCCAUCUGCACCAUGCUCAUCCCUCUGUCCAGAUUAAUAUUGAGAAGAUAAUAGAAUUUUCUGGGGCAACUCCUUGCUAAGCGGUCAAGAGUGAAUGUUUGCCUUAUAAUAGUGAAAUAAUCUGGCAUUAUCUAUUUUAAAAUAAUAUAACAUGUUAUUUUUUUUGUCUCCAGUUGUCUCCACUCCCAUUGCUGGCAGUGGGAUAAGUGUUGGGGGAAACAAGUUCAGUUCCUAACAAUGGGUACCUGUUAAUGAUUCAUUUUUCCUUCUCUUCUCUCUUAAAAUACAGUCUCUUUAAUUUUUGCACAAAAUAUAUUUUGUUCCAAAUUGUUUUGUGGUCUUUAGUAGCCAAAGAAAAUCAUGCAUAAUAUGUUCACAUAUGUUCUAUUUCAGAUUAGUUAAAUGCGUGUGAGAAAGAGUUUGCUAGUUUUCUAUAUAAUCUUUGAUGAAGGUUGAAGUUUCCUGAUAUUUGUAAUAGAAUUUUACCUACUUAGUUUUGUCCUUUUUUCUUUUUAUAAGAACUGAAGAGAGA